AUGACCUACUUCGGUGCGUUUGCCCACUGCAAGAGAUUAACUACCAAACUUUAUACCGGCAAGUUUUCCAAUUGCAAAGAUUCACUCUUUAAUAGGCCUACCUUUCAAAAUGUGGAAACGCCAUUGGUUUGGACAGGGAAGCUCUACGAAAGUACUAUUGAUACACAUGCUAACUGGACAUGGCUGAAUGGCAGCUUAUUCAAAGAAUGGGAUACAUGGGAAAUAAUAAUUGCUGAUGUUGGUUGUAAUGGUUGUAGUUUU